GAUAAUUGAUAGUAUUCGCGUUGCAUUCCCUUUGUCUUCGCGGGUCCUUUCGUUUUUUUCUCCCCACCGCAUUUCCUCUUUCUCACAAUCAAACAACACACAAACCUCUCUCUCUCUCUCUCUCCCUAAUACGAUGACGAAGCCUUUCCAUCUCGCUCUCCUUCUCUGACUUUCUCAGUGUUGUUCCGAGUGUUUGUUGUUUUUCUCCAACCGAGUCGUAGUCGAAUAUGUCUAGUUUCGUGGGUGUCCUUGUUUCUGAUCAAUGGCUUCAGAGCCAGUUCACUCAAGUCGAACUUCGAACCCUCAAAUCCAAGUAUGUGUCGGAAAGGACUCAAUCGGGACGUGUUACUGUCGGAAAUUUGCCACCCAUUUUUAAGAAAUUGAAGGCUUUCUCUGAACUGUUCACCGAGGAUGAGAUUAAGGAUGCCUUGGCUGAGUCAUAUCAGAACAUGGAUGAAGAGAUUGAUUUUGAGUCCUUCCUAAGGGCACAUUUAAAUCUGCAAUCCCGAGCAAUAGCUAAAGAUGGUGGUUCAAAAAGUUCUUCUUCAUUUCUGAAGGCAGCUACAACAACUGUUCAUCAUGCAAUUAAUGAAUCUGAGAAAGCUUCUUAUGUUGCACAUAUUAAUAACUACUUGGCUGAAGAUAAAUUCAUGAGUCAGUUUCUUCCAAUUGAUCCAUCUACAAAUGCGUUGUUUGAUCUUGCAAAAGAUGGAGUCCUUCUUUGCAAGCUUAUUAAUAUUGCUGUUCCUGGGACCAUAGAUGAGCGAGCUAUCAACACAAAACGGGUUCUUAAUCCAUGGGAAAGGAAUGAGAACCAUACCCUUGGCCUCAAUUCGGCCAAGGCUAUUGGGUGCACGGUGGUUAAUAUUGGUACACAGGAUUUAAUUGAAGGAAGACCCCAUCUGGUACUUGGUUUGAUUUCGCAAGUAAUCAAGAUUCAAUUGUUAGCUGAUCUCAAUCUGAAGAAAACUCCUCAACUUGUGGAAUUAGUGGAAGAUGACAAGGAUGUGGAGGAGCUUAUCAGUUUAGCUCCUGAUAAGCUCUUGUUGAAAUGGAUGAAUUUCCACUUGAAGAAAGCUGGAUAUGAGAAACAAGUUACAAACUUCUCUUCUGACCUAAAGGAUGGAGAGGCUUAUGCUUACUUGCUUAAUGCUCUUGCCCCAGAAGUGGCAGGCCCAUCUGCCCUAAACACAAGUGAUCCAACAGAAAGGGCAAACAUGGUUCUUGAGCAGGCAGAGAGAUUAGAUUGCAAGAGAUACCUCACUCCAAAGGACAUAGUGGAGGGGUCACCUAAUCUCAAUCUUGCAUUUGUUGCUCAAAUUUUCCAGCAUAGGAAUGGCCUUACAACAGUUGACAGCCAGAAAAUGUCCUUUGCUGAGAUGAUGACUGAUGAUGCAGAGACAUCUCGGGAAGAACGAUGCUUUAGACUAUGGAUUAACAGUCUUGGAAUUUCCACUUAUGUCAAUAAUGUUUUUGAGGAUGUCAGAAAUGGAUGGGUUCUAUUAGAAGUUCUUGACAAGGUUUCAGCUGGAUCUGUCAAUUGGAAGCUGGCCACAAAGCCUCCUAUAAAGAUGCCGUUUCGGAAAGUUGAGAACUGCAACCAAGUCAUAAAGAUUGGGAAGGAACUAAACUUUUCAUUAGUGAAUGUUGCUGGUAAUGAUAUUGUACAAGGGAAUAAGAAGCUCUUAUUGGCAUUCCUGUGGCAGCUGAUGAGGUUUACUAUGCUUCAACUUCUGAGAAAUUUGAGAUCACACUCACAAGGUAAAGAGAUUACUGAUGCUGAUAUUCUAAACUGGGCAAACAAUAAGGUGAAAAGAGCAGGAAGAACUUCUCAAAUGGAUAGUUUCAAGGAUAAGAAUCUUUCCAGUGGCAUUUUCUUCCUUGAGCUUUUGAGUGCAGUGGAGCCAAGGGUUGUCAACUGGAGUCUUGUUACUAAAGGAGAGACUGGUGAAGAUAAGAAGUUGAAUGCAACAUAUAUAAUCAGUGUCGCCCGAAAACUUGGGUGUUCCAUUUUCCUGUUACCUGAGGACAUAAUAGAGGUCAACCAGAAGAUGAUUCUCAUUUUAGCUGCUAGUAUAAUGUAUUGGAGCCUCAAGAAACCUGAAGAAAACAUCACCCCUGAAGCAUCGCCUAAAGCUUCAGUAGAUGGUGAAAGCGAAACAGAUUUAGUUGAUGAGGUAUCCCAUUUAGCCAUUGACGAGGUAUCCAAUUUAGCCAUUGAUGAGACAACUUCGGAGAAUGCUAGCUCUUCUUAAGUUAGUAAAGGUUGAAGUAAACCAUACCCAAUGGAGAAUGAGUGGGAAAAAACACAUUUUUGUUUAUAGGGAAAAAGGAAGAUGCCAACCUCUUGGUUCCCAGCUUGAAAGAAAGCUUAUUGUUAUGAGAAACUGCAGAUAAUAGAAGGAUCUUGUAAAUUCUUCUUUAGAAUUUUUUUGUACUUAGGCAUAUUCUUUGAUGAAAAUUGCAUGCGAGGUUUCCCGAUAAUAAUAUGGGAGGAAGGCAUCGUUUUAUUUUCCGGCUAAUUGUUAAGAUUAUUCUUAAUGCGUGCAUACAGAUACGGGUUGAAGUGGAUGAACGGAACCAGUGAUGAUUAUCCACUUCAUUUAAGUGGUUUUUCUAUUUCAAGUCUUGGAUUCAAAUAUAUUUAUACAGGUAGUUGAUGCUAUGGCAAUUGGAGA